AUGCCAAAUAAAUAUAAAAAGGAAGAAUUAUCUUGUGAGCUGUACAGUAAUAAGUUUUUCAUGCUAUGUAUGGCUGGUGGAGCUCUUGCUUGUGGCACGACGCAUACCUUCGUUACUCCUUUAGACCUGGUCAAAUGUCGGCUCCAAGUGGAUCCGAGAAAGUACAAAUCAAUAUUCAAGGGCUUUUUUGUAUCUUUCAGAGAAGGAGGUUUAGCCAGUUUGGUCAAAGGUUGGGCGCCGACCUUCUUCGGCUAUUCGUUACAAGGCGCUGUCAAAUUUUCUGGCUAUGAGUACUUUAAAUACAAAUUCGCAGGAAUGAUCGACGAGGAGUCUGCAUAUCUGUACCGGACGUAUUUGUAUCUCACUGCGUCAGCGUCGGCCGAAUUACUUGCAGAUGUGGCUUUGUGCCCGUUCGAAGCGGUUAAAGUACGAAUGCAGACAACGCCCUAUUACACGUCACAGAUGCGAGAGGCCAUGCCGCAUAUGCUCGCCACAGAAGGCUUUGGCGUUUUCUACAAGGGAAUCGUGCCUUUAUGGGCGCGGCAGGUUCCGUACACAAUGAUGAAAUUCGCUUCGUUUGAAAAGACGCUUGAAUAUCUCUACGCAAAACUCGUUCCUAAGCCAAGAGACGAGUGCACGAAGGGUGAACAGCUAAUCGUGACUUUCACGGCUGGUUACAUCGCUGGAGUACUUUGCGCGAUAGUCUCACACCCAGCUGAUACUAUCGUAUCCAAGUUGAAUAAGGAACCGGGUUCUACAAUAGGUGGGAUUAUGUCUGAGGUGGGUUUACUAGGCAUAUGGCGGGGCUUGACUGCUCGAAUCAUCAUGAUCGGUACCUUGACUGGUUUACAAUGGUUUAUCUACGAUGCAUUCAAAGUGUAUACUGGUAUGCCCCGUCCUCCUCCUCCAACGAUGCCGUUGUCACUAAAGAAGAAGUUAGAAGGAAAUAAAUGA